AUGGCUUCAAGCAGCUCCAGCAACAGCAGGGCGCGGGAUCAGGGACAGUCAUCAUCAUUCCCAACUUUCAAAGAUCGCGGUCCCUCCAAGUCGCCGACCCAUUUCCUCUGUCUUCCUCUCCACGGAAACUACUACCAAACACUCCCACCGGCUCAUUUAUCCUUAAAAACAGCUCUAAAACAGUUCACAAUAGAUGAGGCAAACCCAGAAAGUGGGCUGUCUGAGUCCGAUGAGAAAUUCAGAAUCCCGCCGGAUGCUUUCCGGCCAUUUGAUACUCUACACCUAACACUCGGUGUUAUGACGUUAUCUACCAAAGAAGAAGUCGAAAAUGCGAUAUCGACACUAAAAAGCCUAGAUCUUUCACAAUUUUUACCCCCUGCUGUAUCGGGUGGAGAUAAGAAGCUCUAUGUAGACCUCAAGGGCCUGCAACCAUUCUUAAACUCCAAGUCCACAAUCGCUGGUUGCCGUGUGAUUUUUCUCCCACCAACAGAUGCCUCGUCGUCGUCUCAAACCCGGCUACUACAGUUUAGCGAAGCCCUUCGCUCACAUCUCAUCGAAAAGGGUAUUUUAACGUCUGAAAAUAGGCCGUUGAAGUUGCAUGCGACAGUUAUAAAUACAGUCUACUGUAAACGGAUAAAUCCGGCAUUGGAUUCCAGAAAUACCAGAAACAGAGAUAGGGGUUCAAGGUCAAAUAAGAUUGAAAGAGUAGAGUUUGAUGGCUCGGAGGUACUGGAGAGGUACAAGGACCACGUAUGGGCGGUAGGCGUGGAGAUAGAUCGUGUGCAAAUAUGCAGAAUGGGGGCAAAGAAGGGCCAGGAAGUUGUUCUGGAGGAUGGAACGGUAGAGGUCAUCGGUGGUGGCUAUGAGUCUAUCGUGGACAGGCUGAUAGAAUAA